AUGUCCGCGUCGACAUUGACCGAUGCUCAGCGUAGUGUCCGACGCGUAACGGACUUGUCUCGGAGUGCGCCACCGUCUUAUCACGGAAUUUGUCCCGAGAACGCGGCAUUUUCGUCGCCUUUGUCUUCGGUAUCGCCCCUAACGCCAACGGACGGUGAAGUAGUUACCUCUGCUUGUUGGUUGCCUUUUGACGUUGUUAGUGAUGAUGACAGUGACUACAACGGCAUCCAUGAUGUUGGCCAGUCAUUGGACUUCCACAUCGAUUGCAACUCUUACGGUGCGACUUCGACGCCCGCGGCGCUGGAGACUGCAACAAUCGCUGCAACCAGUCUUUACGGCGACGAGCUUACCAUCGCAUUGUCAAACGGCGACGCAUCCACGGUCCGCGGGGUUGUCGUUCCAGCACAUCCAUUGAUGGACUUGUCCAACUUUCUGGGACUACGGUCAGCAGCUCCACCACGGUCGAUCGUCACGCAGGACAGAGCAGCAUCACCAUCCGCCAAACCAUUGGUAGCAGGUCCAGUAACAUUACAGACGAUGUUGGCUUGA